UCAUUUACGCGCCAUGUGUUUUCUCUCUGUUUCUCUACGUUGCAGGUUCACAAGAUGCUUCUUUUCAAAAGGCACUUCAAUAUUAAUCGAUCAAGCAUCCGCAAUUCUCACCCAGAGAAAACACAAAGAGCUUAGACUCACAAUAUGAAGUCGAUUCUCGCUUCACGUUUGGUUGAUUCACAGCCUUUGCUUCCUAGACUCAUUAAAAUGGCUGCUGCGUUCAAAAAUGGGAGACUGUUGUCAACUAGUUCAAACAAGGGAGAUGGGACACUAGGUGACAAGUCGCCUUCAAUGGAGAAGAUACUUGUUUUUGGUGGAAACGGCUUUGUUGGUUCGCAUAUCUGUAGGGAAGCUCUAGAGCGUGGUUUGACCGUGCAUAGCCUUAGCACGUCUGGUAGGCCAUCUUAUCAGGAUUCUUGGACCAACAGCAUUGUCUGGCAUCAAGGAGAUCUGCUUUCGCCUGACUCAUUGAAGAGUGCAUUGACUGGAGUGACCUCUGUGAUUCUUAAGCAUGCCAAACUGCUGUCUAAAAUUCAGCUAAUUGGUCCACUGUUUAUACCUCUAGUCCAUGUAACAUCCGUGGCUAAGGUAGCUGUAACCGCUGCGAUGGAUCCACCCUUCCCUCCUGGCAUCAUCGACAUACAUGGUAUACUACAACUUGCCCACCAAAAAUCAGCUUAGACUUUUUAGGGGAUCUGUCCUCUGUUAUCUUUUAUUACUACUGUUCUCAUUAUGUAUAUCAAAAACUGGCAAUCUGAUAGUGGGAAAAAUAAGAUUGUUCUGACAUAGAGCCGUUGCCGAUAUAAGAGGUACCGUGUCUCUUGUACAUUGAAUAUUGAUUAUUGUAUGUUUACAUUAUAUCAAGCCAAUAAAAAUGUGUGUUCACUUUGUUAA